AUUACGUCUCGCAGUCGACAUGAUCAUCUCACAAAUGUCCGCUACAUGAGCUAUCCGAAUUGAAACCCUACCAAAACCAGUCAUUAUGCCAGACAGAAUAAAUGUCAAGAGCUUCCUGAAGGAAGCUAGAGAAGAUGUCUCUUCGCCUACAACCUCGAAUUUUAUGUCGACAAUGAAUGCCUGUCGAAACACUGUUGGAGCUCUCGAGGAGAGUCUUGAUGAAGAUUACAACAUACUGAAUAAAUUGAAGAAAUCAAGCAAGGCUGUCCAUGCUGCAGGAUUAAACUAUUCUACAAAUCAGCUGUCGUUAGCUGAGAGUCUUGAAAAGUUGGGUACAUUGUCCCUUUCAAAGGAGGCAGAUACUGGCAUUGGUACUGCAUUUCUAAAGUUUUCAGUCACAUUUAAGGAACUUUGCUCAGUUAUGAAAACAAUGUUCACCAAUUAUCACAAUAUGGUUUUGUUUCCACUGGACUCUCUUCUAAAAGGAGACAUGAAAGAUGUAAAAGGGGAUAUGAGGAAGCCAUUUGAUAAGGCGUGGAAGGAUUAUGAGGCCAAAGUGGCAAAGAUAGAGAAAGAGAAAAAGAAGGUGGCUCAAGAGGCUGGAUUUCUAAGGACAGAAGUCACUGGUGGAGAGAUGGCAGAAGAAACAGAAAGAGAGAGGAGAAUUUUCCAGUUACAAAUGUGUGAGCUUUUGAUUAAGGUGAAUGAGAUAAAAGUGAAGAAGGGAGUGGAACUUGCCCAACAUCUAGUGGAGUUCUAUUAUGCGCAAGUCACGUAUUUUCAGCUGGGAUCACAAGUUCUAGAAAGUAUGAAAGGUUAUCUAGAAGAACUUGUUGUGGAGCUUCAACAGUUAAGAGCUCAACAGGAUGAGGAAAGAAAAGAACUGAAUGACUUAAGGAAUAAGAUUAAAUCCCAACUACAAGUGGAUAAAGAAUCAACACAGUCAUCGCAAAGCAAAGGAGGUUACAGUUUACAUGGACAGCAAGGUGAUAAAUUGCACGGCAAUGAAAGAGCUGGGUUUUUACAGAAACGGAGUGAAGGUCUGCGAAAAGUGUGGCAAAAAAGAUACUGUGUUGCAAAGGAAGGUCAAUUCACUUUGGCUCAUUCACCGACAAGCAUACCAACUCAAACACUCAAUCUCCUUGUGUGCCAAGUCAAGGAAGAGGAGGGAAAGAAACAUACUUUCAACAUUGUAUCACACAACAGAACUUAUUUAUUUCAAGCAGAUGACGAAGCUGAUUUGGAAGCGUGGGUUUCUGUACUUAACAAUAGUCGAACUGAAGCCUUAGAAAAAGCUUUUGGAGACAGUGACAAGGCUGAGUCCGAGGAAGACGGUUCAUUGGUUUGCAAUCUGAAAGAGCUGAGACAGAGCAUUGUCUCCCAGGUUCGAAGAUUGCCAGGAAAUGACACUUGUGCUGAUUGUUCUGGAAAAGAUCCAACAUGGCUGGCCACAAACCUAGGCGUUUUACUGUGCAUUGAGUGCUCAGGAAUUCACCGAGAUAUGGGUGUUCAUAUCUCUAGGAUACGAUCCAUUGAACUCGACAAACUCGGCACUGUAGAAUUGCUGCAAGCGAAAGCUGUAGGUAAUGGAGGAUUCAAUGAAAUUAUGGAAGCAACUUUGGACUACAAUGAGAAGCCGACUGCUUCGAGUAAAAUGGAUGAAAGAAAGGAGUUUAUUAGAGGGAAGUAUAUUCAACAUAAAUAUGCGAUUAAAUCUGGCGAUAAUACUGAAAAAAUACUUCAGGAACUUCACCAAGCAGUCAAGUCAAAGGACAUUUUAGCUGUUUUACAAGCGUUUGCUGAAGGUGUAGAGCUUUCAGCACCUCUUCCCGGACAUCCAAACAAUUCUACAGCCCUUCAUGUAGCUGUUGAACAAGAGGAUCUGACCUCUCUACACAUUGUCGACUUUUUAGCACAGAACUGCAAUGGUGUGAACGUGACAGAUAAAAAUGGAAACACAGCGCUUCAUUUGGCAGCAAUUUCCAGUAAAACAGAAUGUAUGCGAGUUCUGUUGAGAGCUGGCGCUACAGAUAGUCUUGGCCUUGAAAAUCUGGAGGGUAAAACGCCGAUGGACAUUUCGAAAGGAUUAAGUCACACAGAAUCUAUUGAAUUGUUAAAAGUGACUGCUUCUGGUAAGAUGGCCCACUGUGAAAAUGUCAAGAUCGACUGGGGACUCAAUGAGGCUGAUGGAAUUUACGAUAACCCUGCAGAACUGUUGGACGUUAAACUAGAAUUCAGCGACGAGGAAGGAUUGAAUGAUUCGAAAAGUGAGGGAAAGGGUCGGUCUAGUCCUCCUACCCCUCCCCGUCACCGCCGCCAUUUACCCACGCGACCCGUCAGUCAAAUGUUUCCUCCCGGAGGGGGAUACGCCAAGGGAAUGCUGGGACUCUCAGGGGUCAGUCCCCUAGUAUCUGGACUGACCCUCUUUGGAAGUGAUUCACCGGGUCUGGACAAAGUUUCCGCGGGGUCUCCUGUAAUAAGACGCAGGGCAGCUGUCCGCCCUUCGGGCACAAAUGUGGAGACAGUGGCUGUGAAUGUACGGGCGAGUAUGUACGCUCCGUCGUCAUUUUCUGAGAGCACGUUCAGUUCUACAACGAGCACCUUCGGUCACGGGCCUAAGACUAAACCUGCUGACAGUACAGCUGCUGACCAGGCUGAGUCUCCCCCACCUGUGCCUCCUGUGCGCUGCAGCUCUGUCAGUCGAGAGAAGCGAUUUGGUGUUGACGUCCCCUUACCUCCGUUACCUGCUAAACCAAAGUUUGACGAUCCUGGGGUAGCAGCCUCCAAACAGUCAGCUACUGAUCCAAAAAACCGCUAUGCGGAAACGAUAAAUCGAAGAGCUCCACCUGUUCCGCCCGUCCCCGCCCCUAAACGAGCUGGCGGGGAGGGGAAACCCGUCGCACCUCCCCUCCCCACACACCGGAGGUCUAAAUCUGAAGGGAGGACGCCUUUCGGCGAGGACAUCCCACGAGCAGCAGACUCAAGGCCACCUUUUCAGAAAAAGCUAUCGUCACCUCUUGAUAAAGAGGAAGUCAAAGAGGAGGAAAAACCACUUCCUCCGCCCAGGCCCCUAAAGCCAGGGUCCAUGCGGGUCGCUUCUAGUACUCCAUUGCUGGCUAAUGGGGAAGUUAUGGCAUCCAAAGCGGCUACUUUUCCUCGACCUCCUCCCCGAGGAAGCUCAGAAUUGAGCUCUGUCAAAGUGAACAUCGGAAAGGAAAGCGACGUUACAAGAAAAGAAUCCGUGGAUUCUAUACCAGAAAGUCCUAUUCCAGAUAUUCCACCAAGGUCAAACACCGUUUCAAAUGCCCCGACUCUACCCCGGCGGGUACAGGCUUUGUACGACUGUGAGGCGGAUAAUGAGGAUGAGCUGACUUUCAAAGAAGGCGACAUUCUUUUGGUCAAUGGGGAGGGGGAGGACGCCGAAUGGUGGUUGGGUGAAAUAGAAGGACAUCCCGGAACUAGUGGAGUCUUCCCAGUCAGCUUUGUUCGCAUCCUUCCCGAAUGAACCUGUCCCUUAGCGUGACGUAAGUCAUGUCACGCGGCUCUCACACAACGCUCCUGAAUUUGUGAUCUCGCGUGACACUAUCAAAAUGUCACGAGGGUCUUUAAUUCACUUCAACACACAGAAAGUGCACUCCUCCAACAAAUGAUAUUUGAGAUAUUCUUAUAAGAGUCUGAACACAUUUAGGUUGUCUGAUUUUACAACUAUUGUAGUUUGCCAAAUUCAGUUAGUUUUUUGCUCAAAAAUAAAUAUUUUCACGGCCCAACAGGGUUUUUUUCUCAGAGACUUUUAAAAAUGGCUCAAAUAUUUAGACUCAUUCACAGCUAUUUAAUUACAAUAGACCGCCGCUGAAGAUGGUGAGGUAUUACUUGUGAAUUCCAGAGCUUCUUAAAUACUUUUUGUCAUCCUCGAAGACAAACAUGAUUUUACCAAUCAAAACCAAUAGUCUUAAAAAAAAAAUGCGAAUAUUUCAGAAAUUAGUGGUAGAUUUGUUUCCAUGGUAAUGUUUUAUCGUGGACAUUCAGAUCCUUCAUUGUCUUUAGAAUUUACUACAUGUUGGGUUUAAUGUCUUCAAAAGUUUUACUCAUUAGCCAUGGCAACAAGAUACCUUUAUUUUUAUCGCGGCUUCAGAGACAAUUGUCUAUAAAUGUUUACUUUUCUAACAUUUGUUGCUACUCAAAAAGUUUUGUUUAAAUAAAUCAAAUGGUGAAAAUUUUGUAGGUAAAUAAGUAUUUUUCUGACAUAACCAGUCGCUUGACUCUUAAUAGUUGACAAAAUGUACUCUUCUUUAAUAGGCCAAGGAAAUUGCCGCUUUUUAAAAACUGUUUAAAUUUCUAACUUUUAUAGAAAUAACAACACUUGUUAUUUCUAAAGAAAAGUUGAUCUUUAAAUAUGUAGGUUUUUCCUAACAAGAGUUACAGUUAAUGGACCGAUUUUAGCUAAAAAUAGGAUGUAUCUAAAAUUUACUUUGUACGUACUUUCAAAGAAAUGCAUGUUAAGCCAAGUUACCUUGUAAUGUAGCUUAAGAAUUAUAAGUGGCUCUUAAAAGCUGCUGUUACAUCUACAUCAGUUAUAGAAGUAACUUUGAAAAUUAUUCUUAGAUACCAGUUUUAGUUUUAUCAAAAUUUUAAACUUAUACAGUUGUUAGCCAUUUGAAAUUGUUCCUACAAUGUAGUUUUAUCUGUGCAAAUGAGGUUUUUAAUCAUGAAGCGUUGUCUGUAUUUGUAGAUCGAUGUAUUUUUCCAUGUGGAGAAGUAAAGUCUUAGUGGAUGAAUUUC